GGCGUGGCCGUGCGCGCCCCGCUUCCUCCGCCUCAGCUUCCGCGUCGCAGACCCCGGAGCUGGAACCCGAGCAGGAUCCCUAGUCCCGGUUGGCUGUGGGGCGGGAGCGGCGGCCCGGGGCCAAGGUCAGGGCAGGAACCUGGGCUGAGGCUGCAAGCACUGUGUCCCUGUGAGAUGGACGGGACAGAAGGCAAUGCUGGGCAGCCUGCCCCCGCUGAUCGAUCCCAUAGAAGCAGUGUGUCUUCCGUAGGAGCCCGAGCAGCUGAUGUGCUGGUGUACCUGGCGGAUGACAAGAUGGUGCCCCUGGCUGUGGAGAACCUGCCCUCACUCAGUGCCCACGAGCUGCAUCGUGCUGUCCGUGAGGUCCUGCAGCUCCCGGACAUCGCCCUGGAUGCCUUCGCCCUCUGGCUCGCCUCGCCGCUGCUGGAGGUGCAGCUGAAGCCCAAGCACCAGCCCUACAAGCUGGGCCGCCAGUGGCCAGAACUGCUGCUGCGAUUCACUGACGCUCCGGACGACGACGUGGCCAUGGAUGAGCCCUCCCUGCAGUUCCGAAGGAAUGUGUUUUUCCCAAAACGGAGGGAGCUCCAGAUCCGUGACGAGGAGGUCCUGCGGCUGCUCUAUGAGGAGGCCAAGGGCAACGUGCUGGCCGCUCGGUACCCGUGCGACGUGGAGGACUGCGAGGCCCUGGGCGCCCUGGUGUGCCGCGUGCAGCUCGGGCCCUACCAGCCUGGCCAGCCCACGGCCUGUGCCCUGAGGGAGAAGCUGGACUCCUUCCUCCCUGCCCACCUCUGUAAGCGGGGCCACGGGCUCUUCGCCGCCCUCCGGGGCCGGAGCACCAAGGCUGGGACGGGCGAGCAGGGCCUGCUGGACGCCUUCCGCCGGGUGAAGGAAACGAGCGGGGACAGCGAGCCCGAGGCCUCCCUGAGCCCCUACUACCGCGCCUAUCUCCUCAAGUGCCACGAGCUGCCCUUCUACGGGUGUGCCUUCUUCCACGGCGAGAUUGACAAGCCAGCCCAGGGCUUUUUGCACCGGGGUGGUCGAAAGCCAGUGUCUGUGGCCAUCAGUCUGGAGGGCGUGCAUGUCAUCGACAGCAGGGAGAAGCAUGUCCUGCUGGGCCUGCGCUUCCAGGAGCUGUCGUGGGACCACACCUCCCCCGAGGAGGAGGAGUCUGUCCUGUGGCUGGAGUUCGAUGGGGACAAUGAGGGCACACCGGUCAACAAGCUUCUCAAGAUCUAUUCCAAGCAGGCCGAACUGAUGAGCAGCCUCAUUGAGUACUGCAUCGAGCUGAACCAGGUUGCCACGGAGCCCGCAGCCCCCCAAGAGAGUGCGUCUGGCCCCACCUUGGCCCCUGGCCCCUCCCCAUCCCCUACUCAGCGCCCCCAGCUGCGGAGGCAGGGCAGCGUGGUGUGCAGUCGGAUCCAGCAUCUCUCCACCAUCGACUACGUGGAGGAGGGCGAGCAGAUCAAACGGGUGAAACCCAAGCGCACCACGUCCUUCUUCAGCCGGCAGCUCUCCCUGAGCCAGGGGAGCUACACCGUGGUGCGGCCCACAGACAGCCUGGAGCAGGGCUGAGGGCAGCUGUGCCAGGCAGGAGGGCACAGGGGAAGCCCCGGCCCUGGCCCAGCACCAUCCUCCCUAGUGGGCAGUGUUGCUGGGGAAGGAUGCCUCAGUGUGUGGAGAGGUGACGUCUGUGCCUGGGGCGCUACCCAGGCUGGGCCGUGCAGCGCUGGCUGGGGGCUGCCGCUGGUCCCUCUUACAGCCUGCCUGCCUUCCCCCUGGACUCUGCGCCCCACUGCUGUCUCAGGACCAGUCUGACUCAGCUCCUGCCACCCAGGGACUCACCUUUGUGCCCCUCUCAAGAUGGACAGUAUCCCCUGCUCAGAAGUCCCCAGUGGCCGCAGGUGGCUGAGGAACAGGGCUCGGGACGCUCAGGAAUAGUGUGUCUUUGGUCUUUUCCUGGGACUUUGGUGACCACGUCCCCGCAUUCCUUCUGCCGCAUGCCAGCCCACGCCGGCAGGCUGGGACGUGGCCCUGUAGGGAGCAGGAAGGGGCCUCCCUGGGUUGAACCACACAAGAAACAGAGAAGGCGAGCCCCCACCAAGCCCUCCCUGGCUGGCUGGAUCUGGAGGGCCUCCCAUGCCCCUCACUCAGGCCUCUCUUGCAGGCAGGAGAGAUUCUGUCCAGAAGGAAAGUAUGCUUGUUAAUCUUUGGUAAUGUCACUGUGCUGGGUGGUGGCUGUCCCUUGGACCAGCAAGCCCAGCAGAUCCAUACUCCAUACCCUGAGAAGAUCCCAAGCCCCUUUGGCCUUCAGGUUUUAGUUUUGAUCUUUUUUCACCUGCUUUGGUUCCAUGAAGCCUGUGACCUCUGGGGCAACUCAAGAGAAUGCCCCUACUGACCUCGGAGCUGCUGACUCUCCUUCCCAGAUGGCACCAAGGUUUCGCCUGGCCUGACCCUGGGGGCCGGCCCAGGCACGAGCGAGUGACAGGAGUGGUCUCCUCUUUUCCCUGGGACCUUGUAGGGAGGCUGGAUGUGGCUGGGGUGUGGCUCUUCCCCAGCUGCACCCUCCUCCUCUUCCCAGAAGAGCUAGCCUGGAAGAGGGCCUGCCAGCCCUCAGGCUCCUCCAUGGUGGGUCCCUGGCUCUUGUGGGCACUUCCCGGGACUUUCCACAAGAGAGAGGCAGGGCCAGCUCAGCACAGGCUUUGCUUUGUCUUUCCUUCCGAUCGGGGAAUGUGGGAGAAGAAAUGCGAACCUCUUGUCUCCAGAUGUCAAGUUCCCUCACCUCCUCCUCCCUCUGGUGACCCUUGAACACUCCAGAUGUUUUGAGGUGGGCUUGCCUUCUGGCAGCAGGGACUUUGUUUUUUGUCAUAAUAAAUAGGUGUCUCCAGUCUUCUGGAGUGUCCCAGCCAGAGGACAUCCUGUCUCUCCUGGAGUCCCUCAACCUCACUGGCUCCCAGCCCUCUGGCUCUGUCAUCCCACUCACUGUUUUGAUGUCAGGUGAAUUCUUGUCUGGUGGGUUAAGGGGCCUGAGGGAGUGUGUGUGUGUGUGUUUGUCCAUCCACGUACACAGAUUACUUGUUGACUCUUCAGCCUCUUUUUCCUUUUCUCUAAGCAUCCAUUGUGCCUUAACCUUUUCUGCCUGCUCUUUGGGACAAAGCAGUAUUUUACUAAAUGCCUUUUGAAUAUUCUUAUUCUUUUGUAUCAUGUGACUUAUUAUUAAUAAAAUCAGUUUCCAGCAAA